AUGGGCUUCGGCGACAGGGGCCGAGGGCGGGGGCGCGGGGGCGGGCGCGGAGGGCGCGGAGGUGGGCGCGGUUUCCGUGGCGGCGGUAGGGGUGGCCGCGGUCGCGGCGGUGUGCACAAGCCCGGGAUGAGAGGUGGUGCCAAGGUGGCCAUAGAAUCCCAUCGGCACGAGGGGAUAUACAUUGCAAGGGGCAAGGAGGACAGCCUAGUCACCAAAAACAUGGUUCCGGGCGAGAGCGUGUACAAUGAAAAGAGGAUCAGCGUUGAGGUGGGGGAGGGCGAGAACAAGGAGAAGGUGGAGUACAGGGUAUGGAAUCCAUUCCGUUCGAAGCUGGCAGCCGCCAUUCUUGCAGGACUCGAUCACAUCUACAUGAAACCAGGUUGCAAGCUGCUGUAUUUGGGUGCAGCAUCAGGCACUACAGUUUCUCACUGCUCAGAUCUUGUGGGGCCAGAGGGGAAUGUGUAUGCUGUGGAGUUUUCUCAUAGAAGUGGAAGAGACUUAUUGAACAUGGCAAAGAAACGGCCAAAUGUUGUCCCAAUCAUUGAGGAUGCCCGGUAUCCAGCCAGAUACCGAAUGUUGGUGCCCAUGGUCGAUGUGAUCUUCGCUGACGUUGCUCAGCCAGAUCAAGGAAGGAUCGUUGGAUUGAAUGCCCAGUAUUUCUUGAAGAAUGAAGGGCACUUUGCAAUCUCCAUUAAGGCCAGUUGCAUCGAUUCCACGGCUCAGCCAGAAGCAGUGUUUGCUCGUGAGGUGAAGAAGCUGCAAGAGAUGGAACUGAAACCUAAGGAGCAAAUCACUCUGGAACCAUUUGAGAGAGACCAUGCCAUGGUGGUUGGGGUCUUCAGGCCACCACCCAAAGAAAAGGCAGGCUAG